UUUCCCUGUUCAUUGUAACGUAAAUAACAAAAACAGGAGUAUGUUUUGAAAUCCGUCAGUAUUUCUAUUGCCAUGGCUGGGCUGUCCCCCUCGCCUCGCGUCCCACGAAUACGCUCAAAGGAGACGAGCCCUAUCCCGUCCCCCCUGCUGACCCAGAGGCUGACGCCACGGCUGCCGCCGAUAGUGAUCGAACGUGUAGCGAAGGCGCCGUGCCCUCCGCCGCCGUCGCCGGCGCCCUGGUCGUGGUACCAUCGCAACUGCCACAGCCCUAGGCCCCAGCAGCUCCCAUCCUCUCGGCUCCGCCGAUUCCCGAACAGAAGUUCACGAAUACAAAAGGUUGCAGACCCCGACGAGUCGUCCAUUCGCAUGUACCUCGACGCAAAUCCUGACUUUUUGUCUGACUACAUCGCAGAGGAGGUGACCGCACGGGACCUGGAAAACUGGCUCCACAUUAAACGUCGAGUCGAUGGAACAAGCCCCGAGAGCGCCAACUCGUAUGUGGUCACAUCUUGUGCGAGCAGUAACAAGUUCGAAAUGUGUUCUGGCUAUACCGCCAGAGAUUGCCGAUCAAGCUCGUCUCCAGUUGAAGAAGAAGAUGUACCGUCCGUUGUCCUGUCUGUCCGUCAACAAAGGAAACGACAGAGUUUCAUUGUACUUAACGGGAAACAGUUACUAGUCAAAUUGUACCCGUAUAGGUCAGCAUCUGCUGAAAUAAGCAUGCUAGACUGCCUAAGACAUAAGCCGCAAACCAUCGAAUCUACCACAAUGACAUCACCACCGAGGCCUAAGACUAAGCGUAAACCAGUCCAAAGUCACUCAAAUGGACUGAUGCAAUCGGGCUAUCCUGACCAUCGGAUGGACUCGUGCAGCCGUUCUGACAGCUUUAGCUCCCUCCUUUCCAAUGGCUCACUGGAAGUACAUUUGACUAACGGCCUCCAUCAGACCAGAAGCAAAUCCAACGGUCUUUAUCCUGACGGCUCUCGUCAUGCUGCAUCUUUGAACGGCCAUCAAUCCAAUGGUCAUAAAUUGUCAAAUAGAAACUAUAAACGUCAGAGCUCAGUGAAUGGGCAUGUGCAUUCGAAUGAGCCUUGCCAAGUUGAGUCGGCGAAUGGAUUGCCGAGGAAACCCCGCCGAGUGCUGCCGGAUGGAAAAGAGACACCGGAGAGACGACGGCCGUGUGCCUCGCCUAUACGUUGCUUUACGCCAAGGCAGCUGUAUUUAAGGAAACCGGUUAGUCUUGACGACAAGAAGAAAAAUAUCAUAUCCGUUAUAGAAGAUUUAGCAUUAAAAGUCUUUCCUGAUGCGGUCACAGAGUUGUAUCUAGACCUUCAAAAUGAAGUAUACAUUGUUACACAAACCGGCCUCGAACAUACACCAGAACAACAUGCGCGAAUCGCAAGACGAGUUAUAUUCGAGGGAGUACCAUGGUUUCUUAGUCGAUUUGACGCGCCAAGACUUUCUAGUUUACCAAAACAUGUUAUUCAUCAUCUUUAUAAAAACCUCCACGUCGCCUUUAUACCGUUCAAAUACGAAUUCGGUGCAAUAGUACUAGAAAUUUGGAAUACAUCUGCGUACACUGUUCACGAGAAAGUUGUGAUUCAGAGUCUGCCGCAACUCGUCAGGUUGACCCUGCCGUAUCACAGCCGGUAUCAUUCUCUAUUGCAGGAGUCAAAAAUGUCAGAGUUUCUGUUGCAGGUAGCGCAGGCAGUAUUCGAAGAGAUGUUAUCUCUGGAUCAAUUAAUCAAGAAGAUAUUAGAAGUAGCACAGCACCUGGUUAGCGCCGACAGAGCAUCCCUCUUUCUCGUUGACCACAGGAAUAUGGAACUGGUUUCCACGGUCUUCGAUCUCCGAUAUGAAACUGAUCAGGACAGUGACUUCUCAAAGAAAGAGAUAAGGAUGCCGAUCAAUAAAGGGAUUGCUGGACAUGUGGCUACAUCUGGAGAAACAAUGAAUAUUCCCGAUGCAUAUUCAGAUCAACGAUUUAAUAAAGCAGUAGAUGAAGCUACCGGCUAUCGCACUGUUAGCAUCCUAUGUAUGCCAAUCAAAGUGAGGGGUAAGAUUCUAGCGGUCGUCCAGAUGGUUAACAAAAGAGACAAGGAGGCCUUUGGAGCCGACGACGAGUCAGCAUUUCAAGUAUUCUCUACAUUUUUUGGACUAGCUCUACACCACGCAAAGCUAUACGAUAAAAUAAAAAGGAAAGAACAGAAAUACAAAGUAGCACUUGAAGUCCUUGGCUACCAUAAUGCCUGCACUGAAGAAGACGUUAAAACUGUACUUAAAGAAAGAAGGAAAGGAGCAACAAUCAAUUAUAAUGAUUUUGCUUUAAAUCCUUUUGAUGUUAGCGAUAUUGAGAAAUGUAAAGGAAUUUUAACUAUGUUUGAAGAUUUGUUCGAUAUUACGAAGUUUGACGUAACAGUUUUAACUAGAUUUGUUUUGACUGUGAAGAAGAAUUACAGAAAAGUGCCUUAUCACAAUUUUGAUCACGGCUGGGCGGUUGCUAACUCCAUGUAUGUCAUGUUGAAACAUGACACUGAAAACAGAUUUAAUUAUAAUAAUAGGUUAUCAUUAUUUGUGGCUAGCUUAUGCCACGACUUAGAUCACAGGGGAUACACUAACAAGUUCAUGAGUGAAAUAGCAUCACCUUUAGCCGCCAUAUAUACAACAUCUACCUUAGAACACCAUCAUUUUAAUAUGACUGUAACCAUACUACAACAGGAUGGUCACAAUAUUUUCUAUCAGAUGUCGAGCGGGGAAUACAAAGAUGUCCUGGACUCGAUCCGCCAAUGUAUCCUGGCCACAGAUCUUGCUGCGUUUUUUCCUAAUUUAAAGAAGAUUAAUGAACUCGUUUUGGAGACAUCUCAGUUUGACUGGAACGAUGAUAGUCAUAGGGUCCUUGGCCAGAGUUUCUGUAUGACCGGCGCGGACCUCAGCGCUUCUGCGAAGCCCUUCGAAUCCCAGCUACAAACGGUGGAAAUCAUAUUCGACGAGUUCUAUCAACAGGGCGACCUGGAGCGUCAAGCAGGCCGCUCUCCGAUCGCGAUGAUGGACCGCCGACGGCAAGACCAGCUCCCAUCGUGCCAGGUCGGAUUCUUAAGCCAAAUAUGUCUGCCAUGUUACACGAUCCUAGCAGUUUUGUUCCCAAACACCAAACCAAUGGUGGAAAUGGUCACCGCAAACCUGGAGAAUUGGAAGACGAGGGCAAAAGAGGUCGAAAAGAGUAAAGAGGAAUGAUUGACACAACAAACUGUGUAACAUAAAGUGUGUAUGAACAAAUUGAAAAUAAAAUACGUUGUAAUAGAUUACAUUAGAUUCAUUCAUGAAUUUCUUAAAGAAAAAGAUAUAGUCAAAAGGAUUAAACAAAAUACUUUCACAAUAAGAACGUAACCUUAAAAUUAAAACAGAAUAAAAACAUAAUUAUUACUAAAGACUAAAUAAU